AUGGAACGGGUAUCAUCGCACAGCACGGCGGCCGAUACCUUGAAUUACAUACGACGAAUUGUGGUCACAGGCAAAUACAACACUGCUGCUGAAUUGAUCAAACUUCUCAAAGAGGAAAGGGAACGCCUGGUUGGACUGUUACCAUAUGAAUUUGUUGUUUCGAAUAUUGUCCUGUGCGUGAUCAAAGUGAUACAUGAAGAGAAUGGCCGGGCUGAUUCUGGCCUGGAUGAUCUUGUACCUUACGAUUCGUUGAAUAAUCUUUGGAAUGCUCCAUCAAGCAGUGAAAAGGAUAUGAAUGCAAGGGUGCUGCGCAAGUCGGCUAUAGCAGCCAUCAAUGAAUUGGCCAUAGAAAUCGACACUUGCAUUGAAAAUAUUUGUAACCAGGCAGCCGAACACAUUUGCACAACGGACAUUAUCAUCACACAUUCGUUGUCGCUUUCAUCUACGCUCCGAGCCUAUUUCGAAUCGGCUCGUAAAAGCCAAAAAAAUUUCCGGCUGCUCGCAGUGGAUGAGGAAAGUGAUGAGGGCGAUUGCCUUUCAUCGGUGGAUGUGCUUACGGCCAUGCAGCGUGCCACUCGGGUUGUUAUUGCCGCUGCUGCUGUAUUUCCGGAUGGAUCCUGCUUAGCACCAGCUGUACCGGUUUGUGUUUGCGCUGCUUUUUACAAAUAUAUGCCAUUGUUUCUGUCGGAUGUGGAUCGUGUGCUGGCUUCCGGAUCCGUUACAAAUGUUAGCCCGUUUUCGGAAGCGACUGAUUUGGAGGAUGUUGCGCAACUGGUCAAUCCGGUGUUUGAUUUAAUCCCAGCUGAACUCAUCUAUCUCUACAUAUCACAUACAUCCUCAUUUACGCCCUCGCACGUCUAUCGCUUCAUCGGGGACUAUUAUUGUCCGGAUCUGAUCGGUCGUAUUUCAUUGUAA